GGAGGAGGAGACCCUAAAAAGAAAACAGCAACAAGCCGAGCCGCUGGGACUGAGGGGAAGAAAAUGGCGGCGCCGAAGGGGAGCCUCUGGGUCCGGGCCCAACGGGGGCUCCUGUCGCUGCUUCUCCUCACCAUGACCCUGGCCGGAGGCUCGGGCACCGCUUCGGCUGAAGCGUUUGAUUCGGUCUUGGGCGAUACGGCGUCUUGCCACCAAGCCUGUCAGCUGACCUACCCCCUGCACACCUACCCCAAGGAAGAGGAGUUGUACGCGUGUCAGAGAGGCUGCAGGCUCUUCUCCAUCUGCCAGUUCGUGGAUGAUGGGAUUGAUUUAAACCGGACCAAGUUGGAAUGUGAAUCUGCAUGUACAGAAGCAUAUUCCCAGUCUGAUGAACAAUAUGCUUGCCAUCUUGGUUGCCAGAAUCAGCUACCAUUUGCUGAAUUGAGACAAGAACAACUCAUGUCUCUGAUGCCAAAAAUGCAUCUGCUGUUCCCCCUGACUCUAGUGAGGUCCUUCUGGAGUGACAUGAUGGACUCUGCACAGAGCUUUAUAACCUCAUCCUGGACGUUUUACCUUCAGGCUGAUGAUGGAAAAAUAGUGAUAUUCCAGUCUAAGCCAGAAAUUCAGUAUGCACCACAGUUGGAGCAGGAGCCUCCAGAUUUGAGAGAAUCAUCUCUAAGCAAAAUGUCCUAUCUGCAGAUGAGAAAUUCAGAAUUACACAGGAACUACCUUGAAGAUGAACAGAGUGAUGGUUUUUUCAGAUGCCUCUCUCUUAACUCUGGGUGGAUUUUAACCACAACUCUAGUCUUGUCAGUGAUGGUGCUACUCUGGAUCUGCUGUGCUACCGUUGCUACGGCUGUGGAGCAGUAUGUCCCUUCUGAGAAACUGAGUAUUUAUGGUGACUUGGAAUUUGUGAAUGAACAAAAGCUAACUCGAUAUCCAGCCUCUUCUCUCGUGCUCAUGCGAACUAAGACUGAAGAUCAUGAGGAGGCAGGGCCUCUCCCCGCGAAGGUGAACCUCGCCCAGUCAGAGAUCUAAGCUGCUUUUUUUUUUUUUUAAGAACAGCUGAAUUGACAUCAAAGUUUCCAUUCUUCAUAGAGCUUUUUAAGAUGGUUUCAUUGGAGAUAGGCCUUAAGAAAUCAAUACAAAAUGCAAAUAAAGUUACCCAAAUCCAUGAAAACUGUA